AUGACGUCGAAUAAGAAUAAGAGAUCGACUCUAGAUAAAUCUCCUCACAAAUCUUCGCCUCACAAACCUCAUAGACCGGGGAAAGCUCAUAAAUCGCCAAAAGAGAAAGUUGCGCCUGCAAACCCAAAUCUUCCAAGUCUUCCAAUACCUCCCCCGAAGAAUUCUGAAGUCGUCCCUCCGAUAUUACCUCCUACACGAAGAAUAUUGUUUCCUCAAAGUCUCGAGAAGAGCAAUAGUCAACAACCUUUCUCGUCUCCUCAUGCUGUCAAGAUAGAUCCUCAGAAGACUAAAAAACACGCAUUAUCAUCUCCAGCUGCGAAGUUUUCAGAUGAUCGUCCAUUCAAGAAACCAUGUCUCUCAUCUCCUUCUCCUGCGAAACGUACCAGACUUCUACCUGUAACACCAGAAAGGGUCAAUGGGCGAGAAAGAACAAUUCCGUCGAGUGACGAUGAAGACGAGAGUAAGAAUGAGAUUGAAGAUGAUACACCAAGUCCCCAAGGCCGAAAGAGGAAAUCGAAUGCCAUGACCAGUGCAGCAGGAAGUCACAUGAAAACCCCACCACCAAAAACAUCUGUAGCAGUUGUCAUUCCAUCAAAACAGCAGCCUUCCUCGUCAUUCUCUACCAUCCAUCCCAGUUCACCAGCUGUUCAAAAAGUCAAUAUGACAGUUUUAAGACUCGAAAAAGAAGUAUUACAACAUCGUCUUGAUGCUUCAGCGCAACAAGUACAGAAAGCCAUCAACGAAAUCAAGGAAUGGGAAAAUAGAUGCAAAGAAACAACCGAUGUACAAGAUAAUCUCAACAAACUUCUCCGUGCCGAAAUUGAGGAUAAAGAGAGACUUCAAGAGCGAUUGGAAUCAUUCAGAGAACAAGCACAUGGACACAAUCUCGAAGCGAAGAGUUGGGAGGCGAAGUGGAAGGAAGUCGCGAGUGAAAACGAUUUAUUACGGAUGCGAUUUGACCCCAAGAUUAAAAGACGGAAAGAAGAUGAAGUCACCGCAGAGUAUUGGCGACUUUGUUACAUUUCCGAAAUUGAAAAGACGGUCAAACUUCAACGCGGACUCAAGCAAAUAAUAAAAAAUCCAGAACCCGUUCACCUCGCUCAAAAAAUAGAGGAGUUAAAACUUGAGCUUUCAAAUCUCAGAUCAAAGCAUCACCUCACCAAAACCGGUAAAGAGAAACCCCAAGAAGAGAAUCUCGAAUCAACAACCACCCACCUCACAAACCAAAUUUCCCAACUAAAAGAAGACCUCCUAAAAAAAGACCUCCUCAUCACCACCCUCAAACAAUCACAAUCUCCCGAUUCCGCCCAACAAACUCUCCCAUCUUCCGACGAAACCGUCUCAACCCCCACCCAAACCAUCUCCAACCUAACCACCCAAAUCCAGGCCCUCGAACAAGAAAUCCUACAAAAAAAUCACCUUUCUUUACAGAUCACCCAACUAACCUCCUCUCUCGACUUCACAUCCGAUUUGCUUUCCCAAGCCGAACGUACACAUCAUUUCGAAACCACAGCUUUGAAACAACAAAUCACACAUCUCUCAUCGCUAGUUUCAUCCCAAAAUGGUCUUUCUUCCGAACUCACAGAUCUCAAAAAAGCAUGCGAGAAGAUGGAAGAAGAGAUACUAGAUAAAAAUGAGGAGAUUGAGAUUUUGAACCGGGAUUUCGAGGAGGAGAAACAGAGGAUGAAGAGGGAAAUUGGGAGGUUGGAGGGGGAGGGGAGAGUAAAGGAUGAGGGGUUGAUGAGGACGGGAGGAUUGGUUGCGGGGUGGGCUUUGAAGUGGAGGAGUCUGGGGGAGGGGGAGGGGGAGGGAAAAGGGGGAAAGGGAAUGGGGUUAGGGUUGGGGAUUUGUGUGGAUGGGGUGAGGUUGUGA